UACGUUUACGCGGAGUCAAGUUCAGCCGAGCGAAACAGCGAUACUUACACACGUGCCAAAACUGACGUAAAGAACUACAAUUCCCAUCAGCAGUCGCGCGACAUUAUCGCGUGACGGCAUCCCUGUGUACGUUUCAGGGCAAGCAGGAAGUGCGAUUUGAGCAACGUUUUGAGCUGUUAUGUUUGCAUUAUACUUCAGAGAGUUAUAAGGGUUUUUGCAAAUUGUUCUGAUUUUCUAACUUGUUUACGACAGAGUUGCUUAAAAUGUUUUCCGAAAAAUACAAACCUAGUUGUCCUAAGAAAUAAAAUGCGCAUGUAAAUCGUGCCGGGGCGCCAUGUAGAUGUUUUGAUAUUUACCUUCUUCGUAGCUGCUUAUAAUUUUCAAUUUAACUAUAGUUAAACUUUCGGUGAACUAGCUGGCAAGCAGAUAUGUGGUCUCUGUAGGCUUUUUUGUACUUUUGCAACUUUGUGCAUCGGAUCUACAUACAUAUCGGUUUAUGAUUUGAUUUUUUGGAAAAAAAUGAAAGUGUUUUUCGCGGUGUGUAGCCUUUUGGUGGCUGGCAUUCAGGGGCAGGUGGACAACGACUGGAUUGACCCCACCGACAUGUUUAACUACGACGCUACCAGUAAAACUAUGAGGAAACCUCCAGAGGUAAAAAGUUACGAGAGUGUACCUACCAAAAGGAGGGAGUUCACUGAAAAGCUAACCGAUGUGCCCCCAUGCCCAGACACAACGGAGUGCAGCAGGAAACUCGCCAUCCUGGAAAAGGAGGUGCAGGAACAAAAAAAGAACAUUGCAUCUUCCUCCCAAAAGUCACCCUGCGGGCCGGUUUUUAAGCGAUAUCUCACCAAACUCCUGAACGAAAUCCAGAAACUGGGCCUUCCCAAUGAAGAAGCUGUCCACUAUGAUGCCGAAGUAACUCUGUCGCGUCAGGCUGUCGGUGAAAUACAGCGGCUUAUUGACGGGGAUGAGAGCUGGAAAACUGGGGCUUUGGACGAUGCCCUGAGCAAGAUACUGUUCAACUUCAAACUUCAUGACUAUGAGGCAUGGAAGUGGAGAUUUGAAGACACUUUUUGUGUGGAGCUCAGUACUGUUUUGGGGGUUUUCAGCUGUUUGUUAAUCAUAGUAUUAAUAAUAUGCUCCGAGAUGUGGUCCAGAGUGUCCUGGUUCAUGCAGUUCAAGCGGCUGUUUGCAGUUAGCUUCUUCAUCAGCAUCGUCUGGAACUGGUUCUACCUUUAUAAGAUUGCCUUUGCCGAGCACCAGAACAACAUCGCCAAGAUGGAGAGCGUGAACGAUAAAUGCACCGGGAAGAUCGACUGGAAAGACAACCUGAUGGAGUGGUUCCGAAGCACUUGGACGUUACAGGAUGACCCGUGUAAGAAGUACUACGAGGUGCUCCUGGUGAACCCCAUCUUCCUUGUGCCUCCGAGCAAAGCGAUCGCCGUCACCAUCACCACCUUCUUCACAGAGCCGCUGAAGCACGUGGGACAGGGCAUCAGUGAGUUUCUGAGGGCCCUGCUCAAGGACCUGCCCGUCACGCUUCAGAUUCCUGUUCUUAUCACCAUCGUGUUGUGCAUCCUGGUUUUCUUGUACGGAAGUACGCAAACAGUCAUCCAGCAUGGCCUGAUGAGGCCGCUGAGGCGCAGGGAUAGGGAUGUACGCCAGCCUGCUGUUGAGGAACAUGGUGUCCACAUGCUCCAGGGUGAUGCUCUAGCAGGGGGUGACAGAAACCUUCAGGCCCAGAUACCUCAAAGACUGAUGAACCAUGAUAGGGACAGAAUGGCGAAUCAUGGCAGGAGGCCGGGCAGACGCAGUGAAGACUGUCAGUCUGGAGUCUCGGUGGAAAACGUGGGCUACGCCGGCAUCUCCAGCGAGGAUGACAUGGACGGCCGAGACCGACCCGACGCACAGGCGGCGGAGAGGCCACUGCCAACGGGAGGUGUCGCUGAAGAAGAGAGGAAGGGUAGGCGCUGCGGAAGCGAUUCCAGUGAGAGCGGGUCGCGAUCUGAACAACCGGCGCAGUGUCCUCAGACGAACCAAAACACACCCGUGCCAGAUGUUCCUGCUGAUGAGGGUGAUACCGCCGCUUCCGGGGAACAAGCGCCGGCCAUUAGCACACCAACGCAGGAGACCUCCCCCGUGUCUGAGGGACUGACUGCCCCGCAGGAGUAAAUGAAGUGAAAUGAAGGACUGAGUGCCGACCAAAAGGUUAUGGACUAUAGUACACGGAUGUGGCAUUUAAAUGUCUGUCAUUGCUCACAUCACAGCAAUUGCGGACAUGUGAAUUGAUGGACAUUUUAAAUUACAGCACGAUAUUGUGUUAUAAUAAUGAAAUGCAGGUUCCCAGAGCUACUUAAUUACUUAAUAAAAGAUUGGCCCUUAGAA